AUGGCUAGUAAAGUUUUCGAAAGGGUGGUCAGCCUCCAGAGCUUGGUCUUUGCAAGCGUUGCGGAGUCCCUCCUUGUGGUCAGGUGGUUACCCAGCUACGUACCGCAGGACGGCCCGCUCGCAUGGGCGCUGCUUAGGGCUCUGGCGGCCAACUUUGCGCUGUACUGCGUCUUCUGGGGGCUCGUGUAUCCGUACUUUGUAUCUCCUUUAAGGCACUUCCCGACCGUCAAGGAUCGAGGGUCGCAAUGGGCGUAUCUGAGGGGCGCGACGAGACGACCUCCGGGCCAGCACCUGCUGGACUGGUCCGAGCAAAGCGAGAACGACGGCCUCCUGCUGCUGCGGAGCCCGUUUCACAGGAGCAGGCUCUUGGUCACGAAGCCCAAGGCGCUGUCUGACCUGCUCGUCACGAACGCGUACGACUUCGUCAAGCCGAAGAAGAUUGCAAACUUUUUGCGGAAAGUGCUCGGCGACGGGCUCAUCCUUGUCGAAGGCGACGUGCACAGGUUCCAGCGCAAGCGAGCCAUGCCGGCGUUUUCUUUCCGGCACAUAAAGGACCUGUACCCGAUGAUGUUCCGCAAGGCCGUCGCUCUGACGGCCGCGAUCACCGCCGAGUUGGCGGAGCAGCCGCAGCGGGAUGACGGCUACGGCAACGACGUCGUCGCCGGCACGACGGAGAUCAACUCGUGGGCGAGCAAGGUCACGCUCGACAUCAUUGGCAUUGCGGGGAUGGGGAAAGAGCUGAACGUGCUCAGAAACUCGGACGACCCUCUGGUGCGCAACUACGACGAGUUGCUUGAGCCCACCAAGGAAAAGCUGAUGUACUUCCUUCUGUCGGCUUUCUUGUCUCCGGGCCUGGUGAAGCUGCUUCCCUGGAGGAUGAACGAGGUCUUCGAGCGUUGCACCACGGGUCUGGGUCAGAUAUGCGUGGAGAACGUGCGGGAGCGCCGCGAGGCGAUCAAGUUGAAAGGAGACGACCACUUCGACAUUUUGAGCCUUUUGAUCAAGACGAACGACUUCUCCGAUGCCGAACUCGUCGACCAGCUGCUAACCUUCCUAGCUGCGGGCCACGAGACGACAUCGAGCGCCCUGACGUGGACGUGCUUUCUGCUUGCCAAGCAUCUCGACUACCAGGAGAAGCUCCGCGACGAGAUCAAAGAGAAUCUUCCGCCUCACGUCUUGUCGGACCCUUCGUUUGACCUUGCCACCGUUCUCGAGAGACUCCCGCUCUUGAACGGUGUCUGCAACGAGACGCUCCGGCUGUACCCAACCGUUCCCAUCACCAUGCGGAUUGCUAAACGAGAUACGCGUCUUUUAGGCUCCUUCAUUCCUAAGGGAACGGAGAUAAUGAUUGCGCCGUGGGCUGUCAAUCGAUCCAGAGAAUUAUGGGGGGAAGAUGCCUGUGUGUUCAGGCCCGAGAGGUGGAUCGACGCGGAUACGGGCAGGCCCAACAACACUGGAGGAGCCGACAGCAACUACAGCUUACUCACGUUCUUGCACGGUCCUCGCUCUUGCAUCGGACAAGGGUUUGCGAAAGCAGAGCUUCGCUGCUUGGUUGCGGCCUUUACAUGGGCGUUCGAAUGGCGGCUGAACAUGCGUGAGGAAGAUGUUGUGCCUGCGGGCGUCAUCACAAUAAAGCCAGAACAUGGUCUUCACCUAAAACUACGGGCUAUUGGCAGGUGGGGGUAA